ACAGCAACUUGUCACCAAAGAUGGCGAUUUGCUGAGAGCUCAUGGAUGUACACAUUUCUCGGCUAGUUGAGAUCUCCCCAGAAACCACGAGCUCCCAGAGGAAGUAGCCUCCCGGCGAGGUCCCGUGUGUGUCCCCCCCGAGGGAAGCCCACCCUGCCGCCGCCAUGCAGAUCACCCUGAAGACCCUGCAGCAGCAGACCAUCCAGAUCCAGAUAGACCCCGAGCAGACGGUGAAGGCGUUGAAAGAGAAGAUAGAAGCAGAAAGAGGUAAAGACAACUUCCCCGUGUCUGGCCAGAAGCUGAUCUACGCCGGGAAGAUCCUGCAGGACGACACGCCCAUCAAGGACUACAAGAUCGACGAGAAGAACUUCGUGGUGGUGAUGGUGUCAAAGGCCAAGCCUGCAGCUGCCGCCGUGCCCCCGGCCUCAGAAGCUCCCAAGCCCCCCGUGCAGGACUCUGGCUCCACGUCAACAGCUGUGCCGGCCACCACCCCGGCCCCCGCCCCGGCCCCAGCAGCUGCCCCUGCCCCCCCCCAGGAGGCCAAAGAGGAGCCAAGUGCCGCAGAGACAGAACCACAACAACCAGCCAGCUCCAGUGGUGGGAGCCAGGGCCUGGACGCCUCCUCAGCUCUGGUGACUGGGGCCGAGUACGAGGCGAUGCUGACAGAGAUCAUGUCCAUGGGCUAUGAAAGGGAGCGAGUGGUGGCUGCACUACGAGCCAGUUUCAACAACCCCCACAGAGCUGUGGAAUACCUCCUCACUGGUAUCCCCAGCAGCCCAGUCCAGGAGAGUAGCCCACCAGUGCCGGCCCCUGCAUCCGGACCCACGGAAACCCCGUCUCUAGCAGAAGGAGAAAAUCCACUUGCAUUCCUGCGGACCCAGCCCCAGUUCCAGCACAUGAGACAGGCCAUCCAGCAGAACCCGGCUCUGCUGCCUCAGCUGCUGCAGCAACUGGGAAGAGAAAACCCUCAACUCCUGCAGCAAAUCAGUCAAUAUCAGGAGCUCUUCAUCCAGAUGUUGAACGAGCCAGCGGGGGAGGGAGGAGACUCACCAGAGGUUGGAGACAUGGGGGCGGCGGGGGAGGAGGGCGCGCCUGUCAACUACAUCCAGGUCACACCUCAGGAGAAGGAAGCCAUCGAAAGGUUAAAAGCGUUGGGCUUCCCGGAGCCGCUGGUGAUCCAGGCCUUCUUCGCCUGCGAGAAGAACGAGAACCUGGCCGCCAACUUUCUCCUCAACCAGGGAAUGGAGGACGACUGAACACAGAUCACUGCCUUCCUGCUCCCCCAC